AUGUCGGCAGGCGGAAUCACUUACGAUGGAGUGCCCGGCGCCCGCGGCACUCUAUUCAAGGAUCUGAAAUUCUUUGUUUCGCUUCGCGUACCCGGCAGAGUGAGAAUCCUGGACCUUAUCAAGCAAAACGGCGGCACAAUUGCGAAGUUGGAAACUCAGGCGGAUCACUACAUUACCUACGAUACCGGGCCUAAACCAGCUGGGUCGCUCGAUUGGAAGUUUGUCAGAGAUUCCGUCGACAACGGCGCGGUACAAGAAACGGAUAAAUAUGAGAUGCACCAAACCCCCACAGCUUCGCGUCCUGUUGGUAGCUCUCGUCCUGCUGGUGGCUCCCGUCCUACAGCCAAAUCAGCCAAUUCUGCCCCUACUAAAGGAACCCGCACGCCGUUUAACACCGCCGACGAUGAAAGUCUCGCCAGGUGGGUGCUUUCGCAUGCGGCAAACAAAAAAAGCGGCAAUGAGAUCUAUCAGACAUUCGAGGGAAUAAACAAUCGUCAUACCUGGCAUUCUUGGAGAGAUCGAUGGGUAAAGAAGCUAUCCAAAUUGCCUCCGGCUGAGCUUGAGAAGAUGGCAGCUAAUGCUCCGGAUAUCGCAUUGCCGCCGCCACCGGCAGCCGCGACUCCUUCCAAGCGAUCCCAAGCUACGCGACCAGCAGUGAAGAAGGCGCCUCCUCUGGAUACCCCAAAAAGUGUCUCGCCAUUGCCUCCGGCGAAGGCAGAGGUGAAGGCAACGGUCAGGCCGAGCUCCGCCACCCAUCAGCCAGCCGUCAGAAGGCCAUUGACUCCAGCGAAGAGAGCCAAGUUCACAGAGGCAGAGGAUGACUUGUUGAUCCGCGAGGCAGGCAGGUUUGGCGGUACACCCGACACCAAAUUCUUCAAGAAAUUCUCAGAAAGGCAUUCCAGUCAUUCAGAGGCUGCGUGGAAACGGCACUGGACACAAAUAUUGGAGCCGCGACUUCGGGAGAGCUCUAAGGAAAGCCUUGACGAGAGCGGACUCUUGCCUGAAGAAUCCUCUACAGUCAACAUAAAGACCCGACCGGACACAGCUCCCAGCGGCGAGCCAAGUCGACAAAUAGGACGCCCACAGGACGAGAGGCCAACCGAAUCUAACAGCCAGCCCACGGAGACUUCUGAACCCAAGGCCGUCUCAUCUGGUGCAAGCCCCGCCAGAGAGGAAAUCGACGAAGCGGAACAGUCACGAGAGCCAAAAGUCGAAGAGUCCCAAGCUGUUACGAGACAGGAUUUCUACGACCAACUGUGGGCCUACCGAACAUUCUACCAUAUCGAUACCCAAACCAAUCCCGAGAUCAACGAUCAAUCUAUCGACUUGUGGCUAUUGUGGCAAGCAGUUGGAGACCAGUACCAGAAAGGUGCGGUCGAAAUCGACUGGGCAGCAGUCGCAGAUAAAUUGGGCUUCCACGUUGAAAACGCUCAGUUGGUACAACAAUGCUUUGCAGACCAUGUCGCCGGCUUCGCAGCCAGCGGUGUAUUAGACGAACCUGACGUAGAAUCUGAGGACGAUGAGGUUUUACAGCCCGAGGAUGAAGACGCCGUACCAGAUGUGCAGCUGGAACCUCCACAGGUACAACAAGCGGUCACCCCCGGUGCUUCUAGAAAGAGGCAAGCAAUCGUUGUCGAGACGUCUGGCUUUCCGUCGACACCAAACAGCCGGAAGAAGCGACAGCGCCUAGGCCCAGACGACGAGAUCCCAUCGACCCCCGACGACAAGUUAGGUCUCGCAAGCUUCGGAAACCUUGGCCCUAGCCCCUCGCUCAGUGUCAAACAGUGGACGGCCAGUGAGGAGCAAGUUGAGGGGGCCACAGAAAGAGGCGUGGAGGAAGAAGAGCCCGAAGAGGAUCUAACUGGCAAACCUCGUCGUUUGGAGCCCGAAACACAGGACUUCGGCUUCGAUGAUGCCUUCAACGCAACUGACAAAUCGCAAGACAGUAUCGAGUUCGAUAUUUCACCGUCACAACAGCUUUUGGGCGAGGAAGAAUCCGUGACCCCUGUGCCUCUGUCCUACAAGAGAGAUAAAGGAAAGGGGAUCGACCGGAACCAAUCACCCACUCUUACACCAGUUCAAGAGUGGUCCGCCGAAGAGGGGGAAGGAGAGGAGGAAGAGGAAGAGGAGGCGGAGGAGAAAGGAGCAGAAGAAACAGGCGAAGCCCCGAAAGAUGCCACAGACCGAACCAUGACCGACUCCCAAGAAUCGACAGAUAAGACCGUCGAGCUUCAGGACCUCAUGGACCGGUUUGUCUCGUUUGGCUACCCGCGCGAAGAUAUCGUCUUGGCGCUGAUGGCUACUUCGCUAUGCACACCACUGGCCACAAGUCUGGUGAAGUACUUGAAGGAGCACAAGGACAUUCCCAAUAAUUGGCAAGGAGUGUGGACGAUCAACGAUGACAAACGGCUGAGACGUAUCGAUGCUGCUGGCUCAGAGGGUGGCCCAGUGGAUGCCAAGAUCCAGAAGUAUUGGGAUUACCUCGAGUCGAAGCACACGCGGAUCCGUAUCGCGCAGAGAAGGAAGUUUCUUGCCUAUCUAGAUGAGACCGGGCAGAGCUCUCAAUGA